UUAGAAUGGAUUUUACACGAAACUGUGGGAAUUUUAUGAUACAAUCUAGUCUGUAACCUUACCCGACAUGAGAUUUUUACGCCUGUGUUCGUAAUUACUACCUCGGUCUCUUAAAAGGGUAGGUCUACCACCAGAAUGGUAACAGUUGACAGAUAGAGAGGCUCCCUUGAGGUGAAGACGAAGGUCCAGUGUCAGACAUAGUACUUUUCAAUUUCUAGGAACCAUUUUUUGAAUUAUUUUAACAUAGUGGUUUUUUGAAAUUUGAAAAUACACGAAAAUGACUCUCUUAAUUGAAGAUUUUGAAAACACGAUUAGCAAAUUUGGGGAUCAAUCGGCAGAAUAUACAGAAGACGAAGAGCAGGCACUCAAGGAAAUUUUUGAACUAAUUGACAAUGACGAUGAAAUGCAACCCUGGAGAAAGUAUGCGCAACGAAGUUUGGUGAUCGUGGGAUUAAGAGCAUGUAAUCUUGACGCAAAAUUGGCCUUUAAAACGAUGCAAAAAUUGCAAGUGCAUGCUACACAAACCUAUCCUGAACUUUUUGCCCAGAUUGACCCCCUCAACUUGGAACCUAUCAUCCGCAAAAAGCUGUUUCAAGUUGUGAAACGACCUGUAGACGAAGGUCCAGCCGUUGUAGUGUUUAGAGUCAAAAACUGGAAGCCGUCCGAAUGUAAUAUCGAGCAACUCGCCCUCACUGGAGCACUUUAUAUCUACACUGUCGCGAAGAUGUCACCAGAGAUUCAACGAACCGGAAUGAUUGUGAUUGGAGACGUGUCUGGAUUUAGGCUGACCCAUGCGCGUCAAGCAUCCGUUGACCUUUUAAUGAAGGCCAUUCGACUCUACUCCACGAUUCCUCCCAUGGUCAAAGGUCUCGUUGCUAUCAACAGCCUCGCCCUUUUCGAGCAUACUUACAACAUCUUUAAAUGGGUUCUUCCAGAUGAUCUUAGAAAAUUGAUACACAUAACGAAGAGCGACAUGUCGCACAUCAGCAAUCUCAUGGAGCCGGAAAGACUGCCGAAAGAAUUUUGGGGUACCAUGCCAGACGAGGACGCAUAUAUUGAUGGAAUUGAAGAUGUCAUCAUGGAAGAUCCACAGCUAUUCCUUUUAAUCAAGCAUUUACAAGAUGAAAUUCUCAAUUUAAAUAAUAUCAGACUCAAGAAGAAGUGAAAUCAUUUCUAUUCUUUUUAUGCAUAAAUUAAGUCAAAUGUAUUACUUACUACGCAUGUAUGUGAUCUAUAAUAAAAAUAAUAUUUAAAUACGCAAUAUA